GCCUCACGAGUCUACACGGGUACGGGAUCGGAGGCCGUGAAGAGCGGCGGUCAUUCAGAGCCCGACCAGCACGCCGUGCGCAACCUCGCGCCUCCGUUUCCGCGCUCCCGCGUGCGCUUGGCAAGAGUAGCGGCGCGCGAGGACGACGAGGACGGUGCUCGUGACAGUGCGCGGGUUCGAGUUCGAUCGAGGACCAGAGCGGACGGAGAGCGGGAGCGCGAGAGAAAGAGAGACGGUGCUCCGUUCCGGGUGUGAGAUUCGCGCCAUGGCCGGCGUCUGAGAUCGAUCCUCCGCGUGCGAGGCAGUUUUUCCCCCGUUCUCCACCCGACAUCGGUGCGCCCGCCGACGACCCGCUGCGUCGAGGAAGGUGUCCGCGAAGGAAAUAGAAAGAAUGUCCAAGUCAGGGAGCAUCAAAGAUGGCGAGAAGGGGCCCUACGACCCGGUCCCUACCGCCGAGAAGCCCAACGACGAGAUCAAGCUGGAGGCGAAAAUGUCGCUUCUCAACGGCGUCACCGUCAUCGUCGGCUCCAUCAUCGGUUCCGGCAUUUUCGUCAGCCCAACGGGUGUCCUCAAGUACACCGGAAGCGUGAACGCGAGUCUUCUCGUCUGGACGGCGUCCGGAAUUUAUUCCAUGAUAGGGGCUUACUGCUACGCCGAGCUCGGCUGCAUGAUUAAGAAGUCGGGGGCGGAUUACGCGUACAUCAUGGAGACCUUCGGGCCCUUCUUGGCGUUCAUCAGACUGUGGGUUGAGUGCAUGAUAGUGCGCCCUUGCAGCCAGGCGAUCGUGGCCUUGACUUUCAGCGUCUACGUCCUUAAGCCGCUUUUUCCGGAUUGCACGCCGCCCGAUGAGCCUGUACGAAUGCUCGCCGUCUGCUGCAUAUGUAUUCUCGCUUUCAUCAAUUGCUGGGACGUCAAGUGGGCGACGAGAGUGCAGGACAUCUUCACGUACGCGAAACUGCUCGCGCUUUUCGUAAUAAUCUUCACCGGAGCGUAUCAGCUUUGCACCGGACACACGCAGUAUUUCACGUUCGACAACAGCAACACGGAAGUCACGUCUAUAGCCCUCAGUUUUUAUUCAGGCCUGUUCGCUUACAACGGUUGGAACUACUUGAACUUCAUAAUUGAAGAACUGAAGGACCCCGUUAGGAAUCUACCAAAGGCCAUCGGCAUCUCGUGCACUCUCGUUACGGUCGUCUACGUCUUCACGAACAUGGCCUUUUACACGACUCUCAGCCCCGUCGAAGUGCUCGGUAGCGAAGCUGUUGCGGUGACGUACGCGAACAGAUUGUUCGGCGUGAUGGCGUGGACGAUACCGGUUUUCGUCGCUCUAUCCACAUUCGGCGCGGUUAACGGCAUUCUACUCACAUCCUCGCGGCUUUUCUACGCGGGUGCCUGCGAGGGUCAGAUGCCGGAGAUACUGACGAUGAUCCAAAUUUCCAGGCUGACACCUGCGCCCGCCGUAAUUUGCAUGGCCCUGCUGUCCAUGCUGUACCUGUGCUCUUCCAACAUCUUCCGUCUCAUCAAUUACGUCGGAUUCGCCACCUGGCUCAGCAUAGGCGUUUCCGUGCUGUGCCUUCCGUGGCUUAGGUGGAGCCAGCCGAAUUUGACGAGGCCGAUCAAAGUGAAUCUCAUCUUUCCAUUCUUCUAUAUCCUGGCAACUCUGUUCGUUACGAUUGUACCGAUGUACGCGAGUCCCAUCGAAACUGGAUACGGCUGUCUAAUGAUACUCUCCUCCAUACCUGUCUACCUCAUAUUCGUCGCAUGGAAAAACAAGCCGAAAUUCUUCCAGAAAGGAGUCGUAAGCACGACGAGGCUGCUGCAGAAGAUAAUGCUGGUGGUCGGCAAGGCGAAACCCGCUCAGGUGUAAACAAUCAAGACGGACCGGAUCGAGAUCGAAACGACGAAGGCGAGGCUUUUCUGGAAGCAGAAGUCGCGGAGGAUUUCCGUCGAUCAUCGAGUUGCAGUCGGUGAUAACCGUCUCCUCCUUCUAAAAAGGAACCGUGAUCGGGAGCGAGAUCGGUCAGCAGAUCGACGUAUUAUUCUCUAGACUGAAGAAGGAGCGUCCUGGAACAAGAGGCAGCCAUAUCGUGUCGGGACGCCGAAAGGGAAGAAUUUAGGGUGAAACGACUCGUCUUCCAGAUUCGGAUCUCAUCCUUGGCAAACCCCCGCGUUAGGAUCUGCCCGCCCAAUUACGAGAUUUUGAGGCAAGGCUGUUAUCUCCCGUACGAUUUCACGGCGAAGAUCCCUUCUGGAUGUACGCGAUAACACGACUGCAAGCGCUUCUCAAUUAAUUUUACUUGACAGCGUCGGAUAUUUCUUGCUUUGCGAAGACAAGUUAAGCGUAAUCGAUAUAGCCAUUUUAUACUAGUGCUGUCAGUAUGAACUGUCAUUAUUUCUUUAUACAACAGGUAAUAUCCAAGCAAUGCUAAAUCUUCAAUAACUCGCUAAAAAGAAAACAGAAUAGAAUAACGAUAGAGCAAUUUACAGAAACAAAUUGAGAAAAUAUAAUUUCUGGAUUGUCCAGUUAAAACAAUUGAUAUCUCACGAGGACACGAUUAAUUCACCGCGUGCGAAUACUGAUAGUGCUAUUAUAUUAUAUUAUAUUAUGCGGUGUGUCAUAAGGAAUAACUUUUUUUACCAAUUACACCACAUUUGUAAAUCCGGCACGUUCGGAUAGUGAGAUUUAUCGCCGUCGCGACAUGAAAACAAUCGCGAUUAACUUUGGUUUGCUCCUGCGGAGAGAUUGCAGCGCGUUAUAUACAUUUUACAAAAUUUUAAUUCUAAUUAAUUUAAGAAGCUAGUUUCUAAUUGAUCUUAAACGAGGAAUUCACGCGCGCAUGCGAGUUACACUGGUUAUGCAAGCCUUCUUCCUCAAAUUAAUUACCAAGUCCACAAACGAGCAGAGGAGAGCUCGAUAAAUUAUUACACGCGAUUCUAAUGUAUACUGUGAAUCAAAAUCGCGUUCAAGAUGUGUGUAUACUUCUAAAUAGCCUACAAGCAAUACACGUGUCGUAUCCGGGACGGGGAAGAAAAACGAUCGCGACCGUGAGGGAUCUCGUCGCGAUUAUACUUAUCUUUCUCCGUGCGACGAACCGGCGGAAGAGUUGAAUUGAAAAAUCCGGCCGACGUGCCAGAAAGGUUGAGAUAACGAUCAAAGUGUCACUGUAGUUAAUUAAGCACCGUCUAAGCUGUUAGUCUUACAAUUAGUCGUAGCGUUCGAUAAGCGUUGUUUGCUGUAUGUGUAUCCUCGUUGCCUAUUCCUCGUUAUCUCAACGCCCUUGUAGUUUUGGCACUCGGACGGACUUGUAAUUGAACUCGAACCGAGAAUCGUCCGUACACGCUGGCGAACAUUCCAUACAUUUACGGUGCCGCUUCUUUUCGUUUCACGCGCAUCCGCGAUCCGUUUCGUCUUAGAUUAACACUAGGGAUGCAAAUAUCCGGAAACGAUAUCACGCGUGCAUAUUCCUGCUGGAUGAUACCUUAAUAUCCGUGGGAAAUGCAUCCUCUUUUUUUGCAACGACAGCGCGACGCGUUAACGUCUUUUCAAUUAUCGAAUAGUCGAAGCGCGUCGCAUACUCGCUUUUAAGAGAAAAGACUUAAGAAAAUUACCGAAGAAGAAAUAACGAAGGAACUGUGAUUGAAUGUAGAUGCUAACACGUACACAUUUUUAUCUCUCGCAUAUUCUUAUGGUUUCGCCGAAAAUAUUAUAAUGGAAGAUAUCCGUGACCGUAGAGAUUUUGUAGCGUCUAUUUUACGAGGAAUUUGUGAAAAAGCCGGUAGAGUAACUUGCGAAAAAGUGUAAUAUCUUACGGAAGAGAGCGGUUUCAGGCAACACCUGUUGCAAAGUCUAUCUCCACGUCUUGAAAGAGAAUAUUUUGAUAUAUCGUUAAUAUAUCUUGCAUCCCUAAUAGAGAUCUAUACGCACGUGCGUGCGGAGAUUUAACCCUUCGUUCCAACGCAUUUUUAACGCACCACCCUUCAUCUUUGUCGUUAAGUUAAACCAUGAAUACCCUUGAUAUUGCCCUUACGAUUAAUAAUUCGUUGCGUUCAAAACGAGGAAACGGGGGGUUAAUAGUGUAUUUGUUACGCGCUGGCAUGCAAUUGUCAACGUCGCAUAAUACUUUUAUAUUUUACUGCCACUGGUGAUAAAAUCCGUGUAUAUGUGUUUGUGUGUGUGUGUGUGCUUGUAUGUGCGCGCGCGUUUGUGCGAUUCUGACAAAAUGGCAGCAGUAAAAGAAACGGCUCUCCGGAGUCGUCCCGUUUAUGCUAGUGCAUGUUAUGGAAUUAUGCGUGCUAAAGAAAACUAGUGACGUUUGCAGGCAAUUUAGAGGAUGGAAAGAAGAUAAGCUUGUUGAAGCUAAGUGAAGCUUCGCAAUUGACAAAAAAAAAACACAAAAGAUAAUUUCUAGGGGAGUUUGUAAGUUCAUGUGCACUUUCAAAAAAAAAACGCUGAUAAUAAAACAAGAUAAAUAUCAAGUGUAGUUUAUAUAUAAAUAUACUGCUAUCUCCUCUUUCUCCUAGCAAACUUUUUAUUGCAUCGAUGUUGAAAAUCGCAUGAACUCACAAACCUAUGGUUAUAAUUGACAAGAAAUAUAUUUGUUCGAUUUCUCUAAAAUCCUCAUCUACUCUGACGUGAUUUAACGAAGGAAGAAAGAAGGAAAGGUCUCGCCCUAUUGCAUAGAGUGCGUUUCUGUUGACAGGGUAAAGCGGUGUGCACGUUGCUCGAUCUUUGGGCGCGUCUGUGCCUCUCAAGAUACAAUUAUAUUUAAGUCUCGAUUUUUUCGUAUACGAACAACAACGCUUAAAUGAUCGUAGCAAUUUCGGUUUCGAUUUUACCCUAGGACUCGCCAUUCUCUUUACUCUUAAUUAUCUCGGCGUUUGUCUUUUUUAUUCGAUGUAGCAGUAGCGAUAUUAUUGUGUAUUUUGCAUCUUUAGAUUAACUUCGUUUCUAAGAGCGGAAGAUAGUCCUCGGUAGCCCAGAAGAAUGGCACCGUUGCACAUAUCCGUAGCAGAGUUGUACUAGGACCAAAAAACGACGUGUUUUUUACCGAAUAUUCGUGAAACGAGAUCUCGCCUAAUUGAAGGAUUAUCCUAAUUUCCCCACAUAGUUUUAGUUACCGUAAUAUCGUAUUUAAGAGGCAGCUCGGCGAUUCGUCCGUCCCACCUCCUAAAAAUUAGAUACUUAAAUUAGAACAAGCAUAGUUGUGACACUUUUUACUACAAUAGCUUUCAGUAGCGUAGCGUAAAACAGAGCUAUUAUAUCGUCGCGAACUUUCUUGGCAAGACAAUAACUUUCUUUCGCGAACUUGAAGUGUCUUGAUAAUCGAAAGGCGGAUCGUCGACGCUGCUCUCUCGCCGCAAGUGAUAAUUUCAUAGUUUUUCGUCGGUUUAGCUAUAUUUUUAUGUAACACGUUUCGAGAAUCAUGAAUCAUCAACGCUCUUCAGGAUGCCUGCAGGCGCGGAAUUACAUAAUGUAAAAUACUGAACUAUCGUUUUUUUUCUAAUAAUUGCGUUAACAAUAAAAAUGCGUGUUAAAUAAACGCCCUUGAUUAUGCCAAAUAUUUAAAACUCCGUGCCAUCUUUUAGACUGUUAUUAAAUGUCAUGCGUAUGUUUGAUAAAUAUUUAAAUUAAUGUUUAAGACUAUCACGACUAUGUAAAAUGAAAACAUUUCGUGAAAAGCAAAGAACGCUUUUAAUGGAAUAAUAAUCAUUGUAGAUUCGCGACACCAAUUUUGAUAGAAGAUAUUUAAUAUUACAAUAAACCCGCAGGCAUUCUGACUCGUGACAAUAAGACAUCAAUAAAUUGGUCGGUAGUAAAGUUAGGUGAGAAAGAGAGCGAAAGAGAGAAAGCGGUGAGAAGAAUAUUAUUAAUACGCAUCUUUUGUAUUAAUUUUUGCGUUGAAGCCCGUAAUACGAGUGCGUUUGGAUCCAUUUUGAGAGAUUGCCCUAACGACAAAUGUAAAAUAAAGCAUCGUUUUCUGGCGUUACAAAUUAACAAUUAUGCGAAUUAAGAACUGUAGCUUAGGAUCUGAGCACGUAAGAAAAUUGGGAAGAAAAAAUAUAUAUGUAUAUGUGUAUAUAAUAUAUAUACACAUAUAAUAUAUACAUAUAUAUAUAUAAAGAGUGAAAUGUGACAAUAUAUUAUAUUAUGUAAAUAUCUGUGUAUUAAUUAUGCAAUCUCCUUACUCGUGACUGAAUAAAAUCGGCCUCGUUGACGUCGCGGAAA